GGGCUGUACGUACACGAAGGCGACGACGAGGACAACGACGAGGAAAGAGGCAGUGCAGUGCAGUAGUAAAGACGUGUCGUGCGCGCAGUGAAGAGGAGGAUCGCGAUAUUUGCUAAACACUGAGAGUCAAAGCAGUAGUUGCUCGUAGCGCCGCCGCCUUCCUCCAGUAGUAUUUUCCUAGUUCAGCUGCUGCCACGACAUCGAUAGCCAAGGCGCCACGACGACCACUCAAAAAACCGUCCGUAUAAGAAUAGCAUGUCCACAAUGAAUCCCGAAUAUGACUACCUGUUUAAACUUCUUCUUAUUGGAGACUCUGGUGUUGGAAAAUCUUGCUUGCUCCUUCGAUUUGCAGAUGACACAUACACGGAGAGCUACAUUAGUACAAUUGGUGUAGACUUUAAAAUAAGAACUAUUGACUUAGAUGGGAAGACAAUAAAAUUGCAAAUUUGGGAUACUGCUGGACAAGAGAGAUUUAGGACAAUUACCAGUUCUUACUAUCGUGGGGCACAUGGUAUCAUUGUUGUUUAUGACUGCACAGACCAAGAGUCGUUCAACAACGUCAAACAGUGGCUUGAGGAAAUUGAUCGUUAUGCUUGUGAUAAUGUUAACAAACUACUAGUUGGCAACAAAUCUGAUCUCCAUACUAAGAAAGUUGUUGAUUACACAACAGCUAAGGAGUAUGCUGAUCAAUUAGGGAUACCAUUUCUUGAAACAUCAGCAAAGAACGCCAUGAACGUCGAGCAAGCCUUCAUGACAAUGGCUGCGGAAAUCAAAAGUCGAGUAGGACCUCCAUCGGGAGCGGGUAGUGAUCAAACAAGCAAAGUUAAAAUUGAGCAAGCCCACAACAUUGACACCUCGGGCAUCGGCGGCACCAAAUCCGGAUGCUGCUGAAACCUUUAAAAGACCACAUCGCUUAUCUCGGAUACGAGUGAGCUUUUUACACUUUUCAUUCGUUCCGGAAGUCACACGAAGUUACGAGCAUCAGAAAGGCCGAGAGACGGGAGACCGUUUGAUCCAUAGAAUGUUUCAUUUCAGCAAUUCGAAAGCCCUACGUACAUGACUCCUUUUUUGAUUGUUGAAUUUGUUUUCUUAUCUUUACUACUAUGUACUUUUAAAAAACAACCAUUUUUUCUCUGAAAUGGAAAAAACCAAUCGAAUGUAUGUUAAAUCAAUUUUUGUAAAUUUUUGUGUAAUUGAUAAAUUGUUCACAUGAUAUCGAUUAAGAUAUACUUACUGUUUACGGCGCUCCUUCGAAUUCCUGUUACUAUAACAUGAUUUUGCGUGCUCGUUCCCAAAAUAAUUAAUCAGUUCAUUCCCGAAACAAAAUUCAAGGCAAUUAAUCGAUUCUUUAUUUGUUAUAAUCGCAGCUUCAAGAUAACAAAUUCAGAACUACGUCAAACGUACUCGUUUAAUAAAUUUUUUUUUAAUUACACAGGAAAAACAAGUAAGAGUGAUAGAGAGAUGAAAAAAAGAUAUGUGUAUGCGUGUUUACUAGUAAAAAGUUUUACCGCGAUUUUCUGGAGGACUGAAAUUUAAAAUCGAGCUCGUUGAAAUCUAACGUGAAGUAGUCCAUCACUGAAUUAAUGGACCAUUGAUUUUUGUUCAACAGCAACAGCAUGUAGAGAGAAUUUAUCUCUUCAUCUACUCAUUCAACAUUUUUUUUUAAUUAAAAAGGAGAUGAGAAAGUCUAGCCGAUCAGAGCGUUUGAUUCCUAAUUUAAAGAUAAAAAUUAUUGGGUGUCGAUCAAACACGCAAAGGGUGCGGAUAAGUUAGGGGCAAUUCUAGUUAACAAAUAAUUAUUAAGAUUGUAUAAUCACAAUAGAGAAUGAAUAAAAAAAAACAUCAGAAAAAGGAAACUAUUAUUUUGUAGCUUAAAUGUUAUAAAGAACAUGUAAACGAAAACAUUGAAAAGAGACGACGAUCUGACCAGAUGCGAAUUUGCGAGAUUCACAUAUUUCAAUAUCAGUAUUUUAUUAGCAUUCAUCAUCGAUCAUUAAUUUACAAUCGAUUUGCCGAAAGGCUCAAUUAGACACUAAGUUCAGUUUUGCUGAUAGAAACUUACAAUGAAUGAUUUAAUUAAUCAAUUAACAUUGCUUAAUUACAAAAAUAUAAGUUAGAAAAAGUAUACUCGCCAGCUCUUGCUCGAUCGUUUUCUCUCUCUCUCUCUCUCUCUCUCUCUCUCUCUCUCUCUAUCUCUCUCUCUAUCUCUCUCUCUCCGUCUUACAUUCUGUAAUGUAACGUAAUUGUUAAUGAAGGACACUCGAUCGGGCUUAUAUCGUUUUGCGAAUGCAUACGCGCAAUUUUAUUCGCAAAUUUAUAUUGACGGUUUUUCCAUUAAUCGUUCUCUUCUAAUUGCGCUGAAUUGCGAAAUAUACUUAUAGAAAUUUAGCAAUUAUGUAAGUUUUGAAAGACAUUUUUCAAUUUGAAGUAUAUUAAAAUGAAAAAAAAAACAAAUAUAUUGCUUAUCUUCUAUGUAACUAUACAGUAGUCCAUUCAAAUUAGAUUUAUUCGUAGUUUUUUCCAAAGGUAUGUAUGAGCUGUUUUUACUUUUUAUAGUGAGCCAUGAAUAUAUUUAAGCUUUAGUAUUUUUGCAACUUUGGUUCGAAAGUAGAAAAUUUAUAAAUAUUGUUGCUGAACUAAUUAUAAAAAUAAUAUAGAGAAUAGCAAUGAUUAUAAACAGAGUGCAUCAGAUUUAGAUCGAUCUGUAAACAAAUUUUAAUUUUUUUACGUGAUUAAACAAAUUAUUCGAAUAAAAUU